AUGUUUCCCAGGGCCAAAAAAGAACUUUCGGAGUACCAAGGAUGGACCAAUUUGAGUGUUAAAUUAGCCAUUUUUGAUAGUGAAUUUGAUUUUGAUCAAGCCAUGAAAGAAUUGAGACGGACUUUAAAGAAAAAAAAGCAACCAGAAGGAGAUAAUGGAUCUUUGUCGCUGCUUGAACGCCUGGCGAGACAUCGAGCGCUGGAAGCCGAAAAAGUUGUUUCUUUGAGUCGUGGAUCGAGUUUGAGUACCUCAGGAGCUCUGCAGAAGCUGCAAGACCGCAAGGGAAGGAAAGUGGAUGCUCGUGUAUAUUCUUCUACCGGUUCUUCGCUUGCACAACGAUUGGCUUCACUUCAACAGGUUAAAGGGACCUUUGAAAGUAAUUUAGAAAAGCCAAUGCCCUCUGGAUUAUCUGCAUUUCUUAACAGAAAUCAACAAAGUGCUUUACCUAGUGGUCGCUCAACAGCAACUUCGUCUCUGAGCGCCAGAUUGUCAGCGUUAAAUACAGCCAGACAAAACAGCAAGCCUGAAGACGGGAAACCAUUAAAAUCCAAGCCAAAGCAGCCAGAAAUUCGCAUUCCGGAACUCGCACAAACCGAGAAAUCACCCAACUUUCAAAAAUUGUGUCGAUUGCAUAACAUCAAUUUAAAAAGACCCAGUAAGACUAAACUUGACAACAAUACAAAACGUUAUAAAAUCACCAAAGUUAUCGGAUUGCAUUCAACUAAAUCUCUUUUGGAAAAUGAUGAGAGCCUAUUGUCUUCCGUUUUUUAUCCAGCUACUAACUCAAAAGCAGUUCAAAAAGCGGCAGUUGGAAACUUCAAGAAGCCAAGCCCUGAUGAUGUCGUGUUGGAAGCCCAGAAGCAAGCAUUUGACCAACUAGAAGAUCUCACAGACAAUUAUAAACAGAUGGCAAUAGAUGAAGAGGCGGAGGAGCAGCCAGUUGAGGGUUCGGGGCACGAAGCAGCUAGGGUGCACAAGAAAGCGACCGAACCUACCAAACCAAAAUCUCCGCUAGACCUAACGGCCUAUUUAUCAAAAAGAAAGCCACAUUUGAGCUUUGUAGUUUUGGGGCACGUUGAUGCUGGGAAAUCUACAUUGAUGGGUCGCUUGCUUUACGAUAUUGGCGCUGUUGACAACAAGCUCAUCAGAAAAUUGAAACGAGAAAGUGAAGUGGUGGGUAAAUCCUCGUUUCAUUUGGCUUGGGUGAUGGAUCAAACCCAAGAAGAACGUUCCAGAGGUGUCACGGUCGAUAUUUGUACAAGUAGUUUCGAAACAAAGGAAGCAGAUUUCACAAUUGUUGAUGCUCCCGGGCAUAGAGAUUUUGUACCAAAUGCAAUUACAGGUAUAAGUCUCGUUGAUGUUGCCGUGCUUUCUGUGGAUUGCAGCACAGAUGCCUUUGAGUCGGGAUUCAAUUUAGAUGGUCAAACCAAAGAGCAUACAAUACUAGCUCGAAGUCUUGGAAUCCAUCAUUUGAUAGUAGCGUUGAAUAAGAUGGAUACUGUCGAUUGGUACGAGGGAAGGUUUAGAGACAUCCAAUUUGAGUUGCGCAAUUUUUUCGAAAGUAUUGGACUCAAAGAGGAAAAUAUCAGUUGGAUACCAUUGAGUGGUCUCUCUGGAGAAGGUGUGGUUGGCACAAAGUAUCCUUUGCAGCAAACGUGGUAUAAGGGACCAUCCUUAGUUGGGGAGUUAGAGUGUAUUGCGAGGACUUCUGGGUCAAAGGAUCAAGCCACUUUGGAAAGCAAUCCAUUUUUGUUUUCAAUUCUUGACGUUUCACCCAGCGGCAAGAAUGGUGAUGCCUUACUCUCAGGAAAAGUUGAAGCUGGAAAGAUUCAGGCUGGUGAGACAAUUACAAUCUAUCCUUCGGAGCAAAGUGUGCUGAUCGAGAACAUCUACAAUGAUUCAAGUCAAAAUCCUCAAGCUGCUGCCAUUGAAGGAGAUUUUGUUACACUUAAAGUAAAAAGUGCGCAGCAUGAGGACAUUAAGACUGGCGACAUUGCUGCUAUAGUCGGCUAUGAUGUCGGCACCGCGCAGGAGUUUACCGCUCGAUUGCUGACUUUCAAAUUGGAUAGGCCCUUGUUACCGGGAACUCCAUUCAUAUUGUUUCGUGGGGGUACUCAGCAACCUGCCAGGAUCAAAAGACUCGUUUCUAUCGUGGACAAAGCUGACCCUGCAAAAGUUAUAAAGAAAAAGGUGAAGCACAUAGGGUCAAAUCAAGCAGCCGUCGUUGAAUUAGAGUUGACAGAGAAGAAAAGACGCAUCCCGCUAAUGACUCUUGAGGAAAACAAGCAUUUGAGCAAAGUUUUGUUGAGAAAAGAGGGUAGAACAAUCGCUGCUGGAGCCAUUAUGUCGCUUGACUUUUAA